GCGCGGUGGGAGGAGCGCGCCUCUACCUUCUUUACCAGCCCAGGCUCUCUCAGCCCUGCACGGUGCCGUGCGCUGCUCGUGUUUCAUCUCCCUGUCGCGGAGAGUCGCUGCCGCUGCGGAGUGGGCGUUCGGUUUUCUGGUCAUCAUGGCUGGCUACGAAUACGUGAGCCCGGAGCAGCUGGCCGGCUUUGACAAGUACAAGUACAGUGCUUUGGAUACCAACCCGCUCUCUCUGUAUGUCAUGCAUCCAUUUUGGAACACUAUAGUGAAGGUAUUUCCUGCUUGGUUGGCUCCCAAUCUUAUAACCUUUUCUGGAUUUCUGCUGGUUGUGUUCAAUUUCCUACUUUUGACAUACUUCGAUCCUGACUUUUAUGCUUCAGCACCAGGUCACAAGCAUGUGCCUGACUGGGUUUGGAUUGUUGUGGGCUUCCUCAACUUCAUAGCCUACACUCUAGAUGGAGUAGAUGGGAAACAAGCACGCAGAACCAAUUCCAGCACCCCUUUAGGGGAACUUUUUGACCAUGGCCUGGAUAGUUGGUCAUGUGUUUACUUUGUUGUGACUGUGUACUCCAUCUUUGGACGAGGACCCACUGGUGUCAGUGUUUUUGUUCUUUAUCUCCUGCUCUGGGUAGUUUUGUUUUCUUUCAUCCUGUCUCACUGGGAAAAGUAUAACACAGGCGUUCUUUUCCUGCCCUGGGGAUAUGACAUUAGCCAAGUGACUAUUUCUUUUGUCUACAUAGUGACUGCAGUGGUGGGAGUUGAGGCCUGGUAUGAACCUUUCCUGUUUAAUUUCUUAUAUAGAGACCUAUUCACUGCAAUGAUUAUUGGCUGUGCAUUAUGUGUGACUCUUCCAAUGAGUUUAUUGAACUUUUUUAGAAGUUAUAAAAGCAACACUCUGAAACACAACUCCGUUUAUGAAGUCAUGGUUCCCUUCUUCUCGCCAUGUCUGCUCUUCACUUUGUCCACAGUGUGGGUCCUCCGGUCUCCUUCAGAUAUUUUAGAAAUUCACCCUAGAAUAUUCUACUUCAUGGUUGGAACAGCUUUUGCCAAUAUCACAUGUCAGCUAAUUGUUUGCCAAAUGAGCAGCACACGGUGCCCGACUUUGAACUGGUUGCUGCUUCCUCUCUUCUUGGUUGUGGCAGCAGUGAACAUAGGCGCAGUGGCCUCCCACCUCGAGAGUCUUCUCCUCUACGCGCUCACGGCAGCCUUCACUCUGGCUCACAUCCACUACGGAGUACAGGUGGUGAAGCAGCUGAGCAGCCAUUUUCAGAUUUACCCCUUUUCAUUGAGGAAACCAAACUCAGAUUGACUAGGAAUGGAAGAGAAGAAUGUCGGCCUGUAAUCUUCAGGAAGUGCUGUAAAUAAUGCCUGUAAAUAUCCCAUCCAUCACCACUGAACUCUACUGCUUUGCCUGGCAGCUGUGGGAGCGCAAUGUGUGACGUGUGGACAACAGGAGUGAACAUGGUCUGAGCUUGUGGAAUUUUGGGCUUUCUAACUCCCAACUUUAUUUUUUUUAUAAAACCAUGAGACAUUUUGGUUAAGCACAGUGUACAUUAAACCAGCUAAAUGUUCCUAGCUUCAUGAGUCCAUAAUGUUUCGACUCAUACAGAGUUAAGGAUGCUUUACUUUUAUUUUUAAAGUUCCCAGAUUGAUUCAGGAACACUAAUAACGUCCGGAUAGCCACAACAUGUCCUAAUAUUUGAUACUUUAGAAAAGGUCCUUAGCUGUGGAAAUGGUUGACAGCCCGGAUCUGCGGUAGAGAAGCAUCAAACAAGUCUCUCUGGCCCGAGAUACCAGCGAACACAGAACACAGAUUUGUACAGUUGCCAAAUCCUGGUUAUUCUCCUGUGGAGCUUCGAGAGGUUGUCUGGUGCCCAGCUUUUCCUGUGGCUCAAUGCUGAUAAAUUUUUUAAUUUUCUUUUAGAGAGAAGUGUUCCGUUACUUAGUAUUGUGGCACGUUGUUUACUUGUGGUGUUUCCUUCUGUUGGGAUUGGGUGCCUGUGAGCCAUGAUUCUUGAGGCUGUGUUUGACAGUGCCAUUCUCGUGGUACUUAUGAGGCUGCAGGUAAAGGACCUUGUGAGAGAAAACUUAGACUGGAGUUAGGAAACCAGAACUCCGUGAUGACCACAAUUAGCACCCUGGCACUGCCUGGCCACCUGUCUACUUCUUUCAUUCUCUCUCCUUCUUGGGGUGAGGUGCUGUGGUUUUUAACCUGACAUGGGAUAAGAUAAGGCAGAGAGACAGUCUCUCUCCCCUAACUCUCUUGCCUCCCUAUUUGAAGAAAACUUUUGAUAUAUAUGCCUUACUGAGUAUUUACUCUUUAAGAUGACUCAGUAAUUUUUGAGGUUUACUGACAACACAAAACUCCCUUUAGCUGUAUUGUGGUUAUCUCAUAAAUCUCACCAUUUUAUAAACGUGGACAUUCUCUUUCUUUGGACUUUGUCUUUAUUUAGUUUGGUGGUGGUGAAAUUUACUUGCUGGUUUUAUUUUUCCACUGAAUGAGGUUUGUGCUUAAAUGAAGAGUGUGUCUUAAACCCCUUUUUGUUCUGGGUAGGUUGCACUUGGAUAAGAUGGGCACCGCUGUGUUGAUAUGUAAUUAGUCAUAACUGUUAUGUACCUAUGAAUGUGACCAUUCUUAAAUAUUGUAGCUCAUCUCUGUUGAAUUUUUGUCUGCUGCUUUGUAAAAAAUAACUAAUUGAUGUUCCACCUGAGCGUUUUUAAGUUGGAAUCAUUGUCAUCAGACUGUUGAAACUGAGUGAGGAGCUACCCACAGCCCUGGGCUGGUUUUCACUGUUUGUAAGGCUCAUGUGUGUUUGGGGACUUUCUCUAAGACAAGAAAUGAAAGCAGACGUUGAUGUGGGAACUGGAAAAUGACUCUGUGUUCAUUAAUAAAUUGCCAUCAUGGAGGUCAGAAAACUAGCCAGUUACAUGAAGAUAACUGUGCUGUGUACUCGCGCCCUGUAGAACUGAAUUGGGCAACUCCGAGUUGGGAAAGAGCUUUGUUAUAAGGUUUUUGAUAAUCAUUUUACUUUUUUUUUUUUUGGCGUUGUACACAGGAAUAAUCAUUUGUAUAAAAGAAAAUAACAUAAAUAUU